GACCCAACAAAGCCUUUAAUUGCUCCACGUCGAAGCCAUGGAUUCUGAAGCAGUAACGGUUACUCCAUCCAUGAACUCAGAAUCAACCCCAAGUUUAUGCUCCGGUUAUCAAUCCAGCUUCUAGUUCCAUUCGACUUCAUCGAAUCUAGCGUUUAUCUUCCCAUUUUUCGCCAUGUGUGAUAGCGUUUCUUCAGUAACACUGCCCCUCCUUUCUUAUUCCGCCAUUGGAUCAUCGAAUUCGAGGUUUAGUACAAGUAAUUGCAUGCCUCCGGGUGCUCGCUCCCUCCAGGUGUUUUCCUGUAGUUCCGAUAGAAAUGGCGGGUGCCGUUUGACCGGGGCUUGUUUCAGGUGGGACGGAGCCGGGCCCAACACUGCAAAAUCGGCGAGUUCACUGAAGGCAAGUCGAAAUCCGAUCCCGUCCGGGUCCAGUGAAUAUGAUUUGUACGGGAAAUUAGGGUUUAAGGAGAAAGAGAAAGAGGAAAUUGGGCUCGGAACAGAGCAAAGAAUAGAGAAACAGAAGAGGGGAAGUGAGAUCGAUCAGUUCAGUGUCAAUUUUGUCGAAUUCAACGAGGAGACGGGGGCUAAUAGCGUGGAAAGAUUGGAAGAUGAGGAUUUGGUUAAAACUGAAGAGGGGAAUGAUGGGUUUGAUUCGAAGUUGGAGGAAUGUGAACAAAGCGAUGUGAUUAAGGGGCCAAUUGCCACAAGGAAGGGAAGACAAGUGAUGAGAAGGUCGAACUUGGUUGCAAAGCAAGUCAUAGGCUUGCAAUCUGCUCUUAGUUUGGGUUUCGUCUCCCAGCUCUGGGUUGACACAGUCUCUUGGCUGGCAUUGGUCGUAGAGGUCCGGCCAACAUUGUUUUCAGGAGAAGUAGAUAGAUUUUUUCUGGAAGAUGUUAGUCAGGUUGGUGAUGUUGUGCUAAUCCAUGAUGACUGUUUGAUGGAAAACGAACUGCAAAUUGUUGGCCUGGAAACAUUGGAUCAGAGGACCGGACGGACGAUUGGCACGGGGCUUGAGUCUCAUGGCCUCUACUAUCUAUCUUCCCCUACUUCCUCAGUGGUGUGCACGACGACUACUUCCCCACUACAGGUCCAUUGUCGACUGGGGCACCCAUCUCUUCCCAAUCUCAAGAAGAUGGUUCCCAGUCAUUCUCGUAUUUCUUCCUUAGAAUGUGAGUCUUGUCAACUUAGGAAACAUAGUCGUAGUUCUUUCCCAAGUACAGUCAAUAAACGUGUUAGUUCUCCUUUUUUAGUAGUCCAUUAAGAUGUAUGGGGUCCUAGUCGUGUCAAUUCAAAAGACGGUUUUCGGUAUUUUGUAACAUUUAUUGAUGCUUUCUCUCGCACUACAUGGCUAUAUUUAAUGAAAACGCGUUCAGAAUUAUUUUCAGUAUUCACUACAUUUUGUGCUGAAAUUAGAACUCAAUUUAAUUUGCCUAUCCGUGUUCUUCAUAGUGAUAAUGCUCUUGAAUAUUUGUCUCUCCCAUUUAAAUCUUAUAUGGCAUCUAAUGGGAUUCUUCACCAAACUUUGUGUCCUAGAACCCCACAACAAAAUGGGGUGGCUGAAUGCAAGAAUCGUCAUUUAAUUGAGACAGCUCGCACGCUUCUUCUUCAUAUGCAUGUUCCAAUUCAAUUUUGGGGUGAUGCUGUCUUAACUGCAUGUUACUUAAUUAACCGCAUGCCAUCUUCUGUCCUUAAUGACCAGAUUCCUCAUUCUGUUCUUUUUCCUUGAGUUGACUUACAUUCUCUCCCCCCUCGUGUCUUUGGGAGUACUUGCUUUGUUCACUAUCUUGCCCCAGGUCAUGAUAAGCUCUCUGCUCAUUCCAUCAAAUGUGUCUUUAUAGGUUAUUCUUGCCUUCAGAAGGGGUAUCAUUGCUACUCUCCUCAAUUCACUCGAUAUUUUUUUUCAGCAGAUGUUGCCUUCUUUGAGUCAUCUCCUUAUUUUCCCUCUUCGUCUGAGGUCUCCGAGUCCGUGUCUGUUGGCUUACCUUUGCCUGUUCCUUUUCUUGACCUUUCAUUAUCUCCAUCUCCAUCGCCCGUUACCUCUCGCCUUGAUCGCCCCGAUCUCCAGGUCUAUCAAUGGCAUCCACAACUUGUGACCCAACCAGCAUUGCCUGUCAUCACUAGUCCAAGGGAGCCUUCUCCUGACUCAUCCUCUAUGCCGGUUAGUUCUUCCUCCUUUGGUUCGUCGCCUUCGGCUUCUAAUCUUGACUUACCUAUUGCUCUUUGUAAAGGUACUCGUCAUCGUACCACUUUCCAUCCCAUUUAACACUUUGUUAGUUAUGAUUCUUUGUCCCCUGGAUAUUCUGUUUUCAUUUCGUCUUUAUCUUCUGUUUCUCUACCUAAAUCUAUUCCCGAAGCUCUUUCCCAUCCAAGGUGGUGGGCUGCUAUGGUUGAAGAAAUGUUUGCUUUACAUUCCACCGGGACUUGGACUUGGUAUCUCUUUCUAAGG